AAUAACGAUGAGCAACGGAGUACGUCCUCCCUGUGGGACAGCAAUACGAGGACGGAGAGCUCUUCGUGUCAUUUUCUCCUCGUGCAGCUCAGGGAAAGAAGCAGCGUACCCUGUAUCGCGGGAACGGCACAUUAUAGAGGCACGAUGAACAGGUAACCUACGAUUCAGCGUCACAGUGCUUAAUAUUUGAUGUUUUGAUCUCAAACCUGUGGGUGUGUGGGGGGCUAAACACAGACGUGCCAGGUGCUUCGGCUCAGUCGUCUCUCUGCCGAGGAGGAUGCAAGUGCUCUGCGCAGCCGAGACAUAUGCAGGGGAGCCGGUGGUCGCCGCUGCACCAUCCUCACCCCAAUACUAGAUGGCUACCUCAUUUGGGGUACACUCAGAAAACAGGUGUCAGGGAAGUGACGUCACGAACCCCGGAAGCCGGAGGUGGGUGCUUCAGAGAGCAAGAUGGCAGCGAAAUCCGAUGGUCGGGGGGUCGUCACCGGUUUCGCCCAGCUGCACAACCUGGACGAGACGGCGGGGAACGGCGAGGAAGACCCGAGAGAGGGCAGCUCCUUCCACAUCUGCCACUGCUGCAACACCUCAUCGUGCUACUGGGGCUGUAGGAGCGCCUGCCUGCACUACCUCCUGGGGAAGGGGAGAGACGCCACAGGAAGGCUGGCACCACAGGAAGAACGCCUCUGGUUGGACUGCCUGUGGAUCGUCUUGGCACUGUUUGUCUUCUUCUGGGAUGUGGGCACUGACUUGUGGCUGGCUGUCGACUAUUACACCAAGCAGGACUACCUCUGGUCCGGACUGACACUGUUCUUUGUGCUGGUCCCCUCGGUGCUCGUCCAGAUCCUGAGCUUCAGGUGGUUCGUGCAGGAUUACUCCGGGGGAGGACUGAACUCCGUGGAGGGGCUCAGCCGAAGGGCCACUGCAGGUCUGAGCGCAGGGCUUCAUGGCAGGGCCAAGUGCUGCCACGUCUACGUGUGGGUCUGGCAGGUUUUCGUUCACAUCCUUCAGAUGGGACAAGUCUGGAGGUACAUCCGCACCAUGUACUUGGGCAUCCAGAGUCGACGGCAGAAGGAGAACCAGCGCCGCUUCUACUGGGCCAUGUUGUACGAGUACGCCGACGUCAACAUGCUCCGCCUUCUGGAGGCCUUCCUUGAGAGCGCCCCACAACUGGUGCUUCAGCUGUGCAUUAUGAUCCAGAAAAACCGGGCCGAGAAGCUGCAGUGUGUGUCCGUGGUGGCCUCCCUGCUGUCCCUCUCCUGGGUGCUGGCCUCCUACCACAAGCUCCUCCGGGACUCGCGUGACGACCAGAAGAGCAUGAGCUACCGAGGGGCGCUGAUGCACCUGCUGUGGCGCAUCUUCACCAUCUCGUCGCGGGCUCUGUCAUUUGCGCUCUUCGCCUCCGUGUUCCACCUCUACUUCGGCAUCUUCGUGGUGCUGCACUGGUGUGCCAUGGCCUUCUGGGUGAUCCACGGCGGCACCGACUUCUGCAUGUCCAAGUGGGAGGAGGUGCUGUUCAACAUGGUGGUGGGCGUGGUGUACGUCUUCUGCUGGUUCAACGUCAAGGAGGGAAGGACCCGAUACCGCAUGGUCGCUUACUACUCUCUGGUGCUGGCCGAGAACACCCUCCUGACGGCCCUCUGGUACGCCUACCGCGACCCGGCCACCACCGACGACUAUGCGGUGUCUGCCCUCUGCGGCGUCUUCCUGUGCUUCGGCUCUGGCAUGGCCAUCAUGGUCUUCUAUUACGGGGUGCUGCAUCCCGUGGGACCCGGGCUGCAGGUGCUGGCCAGCUCCUGCUGCGCCGAGCUUCUCUGGGGCCUCCCACUGCCCCCGGAGGCCGAGCCCAUGGCGCCCACCCCGGGUCCCCGCGGCUCCCAGGCCACCCCGACCCGGGGGAUGGCCUUCGCGGGGGACUAUGACGAGUCUGAGGAGGCUGCCACGGACACCUGCCUGCCCGUGUUCCAGGUGCGCUCCACGGAGCCGACGGACACGGCGGGACAGCCUCUGCGCCCCGAGGGGCCCCUCAUCAAGAUUGACAUGCCUCGGAAGCGCUACCCGGCCUGGGACGCGCACUUUGUGGACCGCCGCCUGCGGAGGACCAUAAACGUCUUGCAGUUCAUUAGCCCCAAUGCUGUGGGGAUCAGGUAUAGGGAUGGGCCCCUGCUCUACGAGCUCCUCCAGUAUGAGUCCUCGCUCUGAAGGAUUCACUUUCCCUCCCUCCCCCCCACCCUAUCCCUACCCUCUAUUUCUCCCUCCCUCUCUCCCUCUUUCUCUCUCUCU